CCGGAUAUUGAAAUGUGGCAAAUAUGUAAACAAAAUCUCCCAGCUAAUAUUGCAGGAUAUAGUGUACAUGUAUGAGUCCUUGACCAACGUAAAAAUGACAAACUACUGAAAGAGCAUACACCAUGGGGAAGAAAAGAAGGCCCCCUAUGAGAGUUCUGGAGGAUGUAGUUGAACCGAGAGCCAAAAUAGUAAAAACAUCAGUGUGUUCCUGUUCAUUUGUAAAACUAGCCAUAAAAACAUUAUGUUUAGUUAUAUUUUAUUACACAUUUUCCAUUGGAUUGACAUUUUACAACCAGAGGUUUAUUCAUCAUUUUAAGAUUCCAUUAUCAUUAACUAUGGCCCAUCUAGUCAUCAAGUUCAUACUAGCAGGAUUAUGUAGAUGUUUAUUACAAGUGUGUACCAGUAAAGAGAGAAUCACUUUACCUUGGGACAUAAAUGUGAAGAAAAUUGCUCCUACAGGUAUUGCUAGUAUUCUGGAUAUAGCAUUAUCAAACUGGAGUUUUGAGUUUAUUACUGUAUCUUUAUAUACAAUGACCAAGUCAACAGCUGUAGUAUUUAUACUAGGAUUUUCUUUGUGUUUUAGACUAGAAAAACCAAGAUGGUCAUUAAUAUUUGUAGUAUUAUUUAUAGCUGGAGGUCUGUUUAUGUUUACUUUCCAAUCAACACAAUUUGAUCUAGAGGGAUUCCUAAUGGUUUUUGCAGCCUCCAUUUUGUCUGGUCUCAGAUGGACAUUGGCACAAAUAGUCACACAAAAACAUGAAAUAGGUUUAAGUAAUCCAUUAGACCUGAUGUUCCACAUACAGCCAUGGAUGAUUGUAGGCUUGUUACCUUUAUCUAUAGCAUUUGAAGGAGAAUUACUGAGUGCAAAGGCUGAUUUCUUUAGGUAUUCAGAUGUUUCUCUUGUGCUGAGAAAUGCAGGAUUAGUAUUACUUGGAGCAGUUUUAGCCUUCUUCCUAGAAUUCAGUGAAUUUUUAUUGUUAGCAAACACAUCAAGUUUAACACUGUCUAUAGCAGGAAUAUUUAAGGAAAUUUGUACAUUGUAUUUAGCAGCCACAGUAAAUGGUGAUAAAAUGACUUUUUUAAAUGGCCUUGGACUUGUGGCUUGUUUAGCAGGGAUCUCGUUACAUGUCAUUCUUAAAGCUGUUUAUAGAAGUACAGAUACUAAAGAAAUGUCACAUGACUUGGAAAUGUUAAUACGCAAUGGAGAAGCUAAUGUAGACUCUGAUGAUGAAAUAGAUGUUUUUAAUGCUCGUACAGACAGAUAGCAUAUGAUUAUUAUUUAUUGUUAUUGUCUUAAAUUAUUGCAAUAUGGGGUGCUAUAUGUUGUUAAUUUAAGCUCAAAUUGGUACAAAAACUUUCCACAUUUACCAAAAUAACAACUUGAGAUUACAUUUCUUUUUAUACGACCGCAAAAAAAUUUUGCGGUCGUAUAUUGGUAUGACGUUGGCGUCGUCGUCGUCGUCCGAAGACACAUUGGUUUUCGCACUCUAACUUUAGUUUAAGUUAAUGGAUCUCUAUGAAAUUUUACCAUAAGGUUCAAUACCACAAAAGGAAGGUGGGGAUUAGUUUUGGGGGUUAUGAUACCAACAGUUAAGGAAUUAGGGGUCAAAAAGGGGCCAAAAAUAAGCAUUUUUGUAACUUCCAGACAUAACUUGUGUGUUAGUGUAUGGAUCGCUCUGACAUUGUACCACAAGGUUCCAUAUCACAAAGGGAAUGCUGGGAUUGAUUUUGGCGGUAAUUGCCUACAAAUUUUAGGAAUUAGGGGCCAAAAAUGGAAAAAAAAAACAUUUUUCUAGUUUCAUGACAAUAACUUGUGUGUAAGUGUAUGGAUCUCUAUGAAAUUUUACCAUAAGGUUCAAUACCACAAAAGGAAGGUGGGGAUUAAUUUUGGGGGUUAUGGUACCAACAGUUAAGGAAUUAGGGGCCAAAAAUAAGCAUUUUUGUAACUUCCAGACAUAACUUGUGUUUUAGUGUAUGGAUCUCUCUGACAUUGUACCACAAGGUUCCAUAUCACAAAGGGAAUGCUGGGAUUGAUUUUGGCGGUAAUUGCCUACAAAUUUUAGGAAUUAGGGGCCAUAAAGGGGCAAAAAAACAAGCAUUUUUCUAGUUUCAAGACAAUAACUUGUGUGUAAGUGUAUGGAUCUUUAUGAAAUUGUACUGCAAGGUUCCAUAUCACAAAGGGAAAGCUGGGUUUGAGUUUGUUGGUAAUUGCCCUAUACGUUUAGGAAUUUGGGGCCAAAAAGGGGCAAAAAAAAGAGCAUUUUUCUAGUUUCCAGACAAUAAUUUGUGUUCAAGUGUAUGGAUCUCUCUGAAAUUGUACUGCAAGGUACCAUACCACUAAGGGAAGGCUGGGAUUGAGUUUGGGGGUGAUGAAUCAUAAGGGGGUUCAAAAAAUUGGGGGGGAAUUUUUUUUCUUUCGUUUUUUUCUUUAAAAUUUUCCAUUUUAAAUUGGUCAUUUCUGAUUUAUAUAUAAAAGCAAAUAAUAAUGAUAUGGUAUGAAUAGGUAAAUUAAAAAUUUUUAAGUUCUUAGACGACAUUCAUUCUGUGUCAGAAACCUAUGCUGUGUCAAAUAUUUAAUUACAAUCCAAAUUCAGUGCUGUAUCAAGCUUGAAUGUUGUGUCCAUACUUGCCCCAACUGUUCAGGGUUCGACCUCUGCGGUCGAAUCAAGCUGCGCCCCAGCGGAGCAUUUUAUUUUGUGUUGCUGGAAUAUGCAGCCACACAAGAGUUGUUUCCCUUAGGUUUUCACUGCUUACGAAACAGUAUCAAGUUAUAUAUUCUGUAAAGUUUCAACUUCUAGAAAGUUAUUUUGUUCUUCUACACAUUUUUAUACGCCCGUCAAAUUUUUGACGGGACGUAUUAUGGUAUACAAAUGUCCGGCGUCCGUCUGUCUGUCUGUCUGUCUGUCCGGCGUAAACAUGUCGCACUGUAACUUGAGAAUGACUUAUCCAAAUUUCAUGAAACUUAACAUAGUUGUUUCUUAUGAUGGUCAAACGAUCUGUAUAUUUUUUGGUGAAAAUAAGAUUAAAACUUUUUGAGUUACGGGACUUAGUAACUAAAAUAGGUGUGUUUUUUUUUUCACAUGUCGCGCUGUAUCUCAAAAACAAUUUAUGAUUAUUGCUUAAAACUUUACACACUUCUUAGUUAUAAUAAUCUUAAGAUCUGUAUACUUUUUGGUGAUGAUUCAAAAUUUUAUUUUAGAGAUAUUGAGUAUUUUGUUAAAAAAGGGGGAGGGGUAUUUCACAUGUCGCGCCGUAUCUCAAAAACAAUUUAUGAUUAUUGCUUAAAACUUUACACACUUCUUAGUUAUAAUAAUCUUAAGAUCUGUAUACUUUUUGGUGAUGAUUCAAAAUUUUAUUUUUGAGUUAUUGAGUAUUUUGUAAAAAAAGGGGGAGGGGUUUUUCACAUGUCGCGCCGUAUCUCAAAAACGAUUUAUGAUUGUUGCUUAAAAUUUUACACACUUCUUAGUUAUAUUAAUUUAAAGAUCUGUAUACUUUUUGGUUUUGAUUCAAAAUUUUAUUUUUGAGAUAUUGAUUUUUUAAUUUUUUUAAAAGGGGGGUUUUCACAUGUCGCGCCGUAUCUCAAAAACGAUUUAUGAUUAUUGCUUAAAAUUUUACACACUUCUUAAUUAUAUUAAUCAUAAGAUCUGUAAACUUUUUGGUUUUAAUUCAAAAUUUUAUUUUAGAGAUAUUGAGUUUUUUGUAAAAAAAAAGGGGGGUUUUCGCAUGUCACACCGUAUGUCAGAAACUAUUUAUGCUUAUUGCAUAAAAAUUCACACACAAGACGACGGGCGUAUCAUGCGCUUAUGGUGCAGCUGUUUAUUAUCACUGGUUGUACUUAGUUAUAUUCUUUAUUUCGUGCACAAACAAGUCCCAAGAUCUUUACUUUUACAAAGUUGGGCAAAGGCUAUCUACCACCUUAUUGUUACAUUUAUGACAAAUUUAGCAUUUUUUCUCAAAGACAGACAUAUUUAUUUAAAGGAUUUGCUAAGUCUGACCUAAUGCAAUUUUCUCGGAAUAAUUUGAAAUCUGAAAUUUCAACAUUUAUCAUAGUACAAAUAUUACUGUGAUUACACUGUAUAUGUAUGUUGGCAUUUGUUUUUGUUGCAGUUCUGUGUUUCUGUUGUUCCGUUAUUUUCCUCUUAUAGUUGAUGUGUUUCCCUCGGUUUUAGUUUAUUUAAAGGAUUUGUUUUCGCUUAAUCUAUUUAUGACUAUUGAACAGCGGUUAACUACUGUUGCCUUUAUUUAUAGGUCGUUCCUAAUUUCCUGGAUUUCCCCUAAUUACAGAGGUUGUGUCCAACUUAAUUAAAUUCAGAUAUAUAUAUUCCAUACAAAACUAUGGACAAUAAGGAAGAAAAACAUUUGAAAAUUUAUUUAUGUGUAAAGCCCUUAAUAUUUACAACAUGUAUGUUAAAAACAUUUUUUAGAAAAUGUUCACUGAUAUUGAUAGGAAAAAAUACUUAGACUUAAUAAUGUCACAAAUUUCUUAAUAAAUUCAAUAGAAUUAUAUCUUAAUAAUAUUUAUUUUUGAAGAAAAACUUGCUGCAUGAAAAUAUUACCUCCAGUUUCCACUUAUCUUUUGUGUCAGAUGGAUUUUUGUACUGAAAAUUAAUUAUUGGGCUCUUAGAUGAAUUAUUUGUUAUACCUGUGUAAAGAUGUAGUUAAAUUAUUAUGCCUAAUAAUUUGUUUGGCAAGGGAAGUAGCAUAUAAUUGAGAAUGGUUAAUUGGUGUAGACAACAUUCCAUUGAAUCAUUUCUGAGUACUUAUUUUCAUAUGAAUAUAACAUUGUGCAAUGACAGUAUGUAUCCAUCUUUGAUUGAUGUUAAAAGUAAAAAAUAAUAUCAAUUGUUUUAUUUAUUCAACUCAUUGUUUAUCACUGUAAGCUAUUACUAAUACUAAGUAUUAUCUUCUGUCAUUUGUUAUCAUAUGUUAUCUUCUCUCCAACUAGUAGACUUAUCCUGUUUAAAAAAUUGGGGAAAAGGUUGUUUUCCAUGGUCAAUAGUGUAUUGAUGUUGUAGUAAAAUUGUCUGCUAUUGUAGGCUCUUAUUUCAUAUAGACCUACCGGUAUCUAAUACUUUCUCUAUAAUGUGAAGUUGAAUGUAUGUAAAAAAAGAUUGAUGUACAUGUUCUAGAGGCUUUCUGCAAAGAAGCAAGUUUUGAUUUCAGCUACUGUGGAUUAAUUUUUUCGUGUAUACCAAUUUUCAUGGGUUUGGGAAAAAUUGCAUUUUCAUGGUUAUUUGAAUUUGUGGUUUGGACAAAGUUUGCAUGCAAGCCUUAAGCAAUUUUGUACUUUUGUUGAACAUUUACAUUCGUGGUUAACCUAUACCAAUGAAUCCACAGUAGAUCAGAUGAAAAAUGAUUUUGUAGAUUCUGUAAAAUGACAAAUUUUUUCUUCUGUGAAACUACCUUUUCCUCUAUAUAUCCUUUUAAUAGGAAGAAUCUAAAGUCCUCCACAUUGUUUCAUCAUAUCAUGCCAAUCAGACUUGAACAUUCCUGCAAUUAUCAAAAAUCUUUUUCAAAAAAUUGUACAAUGUAUUCUAAUGUCUAAAACCUCCCAGAUGAUGGAGACACAUUUAAAAUGAAUAUGGUGUAGAUAGUAAAUUAGUCUAAGGUACUUUUCAAUCAAAUGACAAACCAUUAUGUUAGAAAAGAUUUACCGUAUUUAAAGUACAAAAUUCUGUCCGGUUUCACUGUAUAAUCACAGAUAGUGAGCCACAGAUUGGUCGAUAAGCUGUGGCUAACUAUCCAUGAUAUUGUACAAAAAAUUAUUCUUUAAUUUCUCUAGACUUAUUGAACUUUUGUAAUUCAGUCACAAUAAUAAAGAAUUACAUUGGUAAUAAAUACUUGUUGAUUUUACUUUAUAUCGUGCUUCAGGUGCCUUGGGAUCAAGUAGUCAAAAAAUCUCCAAUUUUCAUAAAAUUUUAUUAAUUUAUUGUGAUAUGCAUUGUAUAAUAUAAUUGUUUUAAUACAUUAUUGUUGAAUAUUA